AUGAAGAAAUACCAGUUACAGGAGAAUUAUAAUAACUGCAGAGCCACAAAUGAACAGUUAAAAGAACGUCUGAAAGCCUGUUCUCAGGGGUGGAAAUGUUUCAAAUCAAAGCAGUACUACAUCUCCACCGAGAGGAAGAGCUGGACCGAAAGCCAAAAGGACUGUAAAGAGAGGGGGGCAGAUCUGGUGAUCAUCAAUAGCAAAGAGGAACAGGGGUUUAUUUCUCAGUUUACUGGGCCUUUCUGGAUUGGUUUGAGUGAUAGAGAGAGAGAAGGAACCUGGAAAUGGGUGGAUGGGACAACGCUGCAAGAGGGACAAGGGUACUGGAAAGAAAGUCAGCCUGAUAACUUUCAGAAAAAUGAAAACUGUGUUGAGACAAGAAAAACUAAUAGUCAGAAGACAUGGAAUGACUUUCAAUGUGACGAAAAACUGUCUUGGAUCUGUGAGAAAGAAGGCUAGUCUUUAGCCAAAGUUUAUACACACAGCUUACAGGAUUCACUGAAACUAUCAUCUCAGGACACAGAUUUAAUACAUAUUAGUGAUUUCAGUGGAGUUAAAUAAGGAAAAGAGUGAGUUGUGCUAUGAAAUGUUUUGUAUUCUGAACACACACAAUAACAGUACUGCAUUUCAUUUACAUUUACAUUUUACACACAUAUUGUUUAAAUAUUCCAUGCAAAACUCAACUGCAUGACCCUGAAUGUCAUCGGUGUGUAUUCAGAAACUCACAGUGAUGUUCUGCCCACAACUGAGACUUAACAACCUCUCCCCUCCUCCACACCAGAUUUGACUGAUAGCUUUACAGG